GGCUCGGGCUCGGGCUCGGGCUCGGGUAGCGGGGCGGACGCUGAGCGCGAGCCGUCGCUCGGCGCCCCGAGCCCGGAGCAUGGAGGAGAAGUACCUGCCGGAGCUGAUGGCCGAGAAGGACUCGCUGGACCCCUCCUUCACGCACGCCCUGCGCCUGGUCAGCCAAGAAAUAGAGAAGUUUCAGAAAGGAGAAGGCAAGGAUGAAGAGAAGUACAUUGAUGUGGUGAUAAAUAAGAAUAUGAAGCUGGGACAGAAAGUGUUAAUUCCUGUGAAACAGUUUCCCAAGUUCAACUUUGUGGGGAAACUGCUGGGUCCACGUGGCAAUUCUCUGAAGAGGUUACAAGAAGAAACCCUGACAAAAAUGUCCAUCCUUGGCAAAGGUUCCAUGAGAGACAAGGCGAAGGAGGAAGAGCUGAGGAAAAGUGGAGAAGCAAAGUACUUCCAUCUCAAUGAUGACCUGCAUGUCCUGAUUGAGGUGUUUGCCCCGCCAGCAGAGGCCUAUGCCCGGAUGGGACACGCCCUGGAGGAGAUCAAGAAGUUCCUCAUCCCCGACUAUAACGAUGAAAUCAGGCAAGCGCAGCUGCAGGAGCUGACCUACCUGAACGGUGGCUCCGAGGGCACAGAUGUCCCCGUGGUUCGAGGGAAGCCCACGCUACGUACCAGAGCCGUGGCCACCCCAGCAGUCACCAGGGGAAGAGGAGGAGUGACAUCCAGGCCUGUGGCUGUUACCGUACCACGUGGGACCCCAACUCCCAGGGGAGUCCUUUCCACCCGCGGGCCGGUGAGCCGGGCGCGAGGCCUCCUCACUCCAAGAGCAAGAGGAAUCCCCCCAACUGGGUACAGACCUCCACCGCCACCCCCAACCCAGGAGACCUAUGGAGAAUAUGACUAUGAUGAUGGGUAUGGCACGGCUUACGAUGACCCAAGUUACGAUUCCUACGACAACAGCUACAGCGCCCCAGCUCAAAGUGGAACUGACUACUACGACUACGGGCAUGGACUCAGCGAGGAGACUUACGAUUCCUAUGGGCAAGAGGAGUGGACUAACUCAAGACCCAAGGCUCCUUCUGCGAGGACAGCAAAGGGCAUCUACAGAGACCAGCCAUAUGGCAGAUACUGAUUGUACUGUCUGCUGUUGUGAGCUAGCCAAUCUCCACCCGUCCUGUAUACUGUUCAAAGUAAUUUUUUUCUAUGAACAAUCCCUUUUUAAAUAAAUCAAAAUGCUUAAAAUCUGAAUGGAUGGAACUUAAAACUACUUUGUUGAAACAUCAGCUUGGGCAGGGAAAAAAAGGACAUGUAAAAUUUUGUUAUUUCCAGUCUGUAUAUGAAAAAAUAGGUCAUCAAAAGGAAAAAAUAACUUUGAUUAACUAGUGUUAAACAAAAAGGCAGGUUACUAAAUAUGUUAAUCCAUUCUUCUAACAUAAGCCUCACCUUUCAUUUUAAAGGUUUCCAUAGAAUUUAGUUACUUUAUCUUUCAGCCAUGUGCUAGUUUUUUUUUUUUUUUUCUCUUGCCAAUGUGCGUAAAAAGGGAAGCCAACUACAAGUGCAAAUACUGUGGUAUUCUUUUGUAACUCAAGUCUUGAAAUGUUCUGUAGUGUUAAGCAAAGUCUCCUCUUGCUUGAUACUAAAUAAACUUUUGAAAGAAAUUUCGUGUGUGUGAGCUAACAGUUUCAUGUUUUUAUUUAAAAAGUCCUUCAUAAAUAGUUGUAAACAGGGAAAGAAUUCCUUUAACAAUGCUUGUAUAAAAGGGUCACACUAAAUAUUGUACAACUUAUUUUAAAAAUGGUAUAAAACAAAGUGUACCAUGAUAUACUCACCAUAGGUUUAAAUGCUGUCUAAAGAGUCCACAUGCUACCGAGCUGCUCGAGGGCACGUUAAAACUACGCAGAACCAAAUCUUGUUUAAAAAAUGCUUUAAAAUAACUACUGGAUUUUCUGGAAAAGAUGUGAUCAGUUUUCAUCUUGUUGAGCGUUUUUUCACUAGUGCAACUUUGGAUUUUUUAUGAGACUUUUGGUACCUUAAUGAACACCUCGCUCCAUGCUGGAAGCAAUAAGCACAAAGCUUUUAAAGACAUUCUGACUUGACUAAGUGAGGUCGCACUCGCCAAGGCUGAGGAUGUGUAACCCUUAAACGGUCUUCAUUUUCAAAGGAAAUGUCAGCCACCUUGAAAUGUAAGAGGAGCUGGCCGUGACGUGCAGUAAGCACAGGGUCUUUCCUUCUGCUUGUGGACUGCUAAGGAUAGUCAAUUCACCACCGUGCCUAGUCAGUGAAUGAAUCCUCUUGGGAACUUGACAAUCAUCUCAGUUUACUGUACUUUUUGCCCAAAUUUAUAUUUUGUUGAAUGUUUUUGUGAAAUGGUAUGCAUUUUUAAUUUGGAAGGUCUUUAAAGAAAAAGGAAAGAAAAAUCUUAUUUUGUUGUCUCCUCAGCAAAAAAAGAGAAUGAUUUGUAUAGCGGUUAAUAAAGGCUGCCGACGAAUGUCUUCUGCCUUAA